UGCGCUUGGCUCGCUCCCUCGGGCCGGCCGGGCGGCGUCCCUGCGUUGCUAGGAGACGCGCCGGUUGUACCGGCUGCAGCAGUUGGCCUCUGGCUGUCUCAGCCCAAGAUCCCGAGUGGAGAACACGAGCACCGCUGCACCCUCCUGCGAGGCCCGCUGAACGAGGGUAACCGCGCAUAGCGGGAGCCGGACCUAAGCGGAUGCGCAGCGAGGACCCGGGCCCUGACCGCCGCGCCCCGGGCUCGGCCCCGCCCCAGGAGCUCAGGGCCCGCCCCUUCCGCCCGGCCGCCCUGAAAUAAUUGCUAAUAAAGCCUCUGUAGCCAUGGCUACUUCUGACGUGAAACCAAAAUCAAUAAGUCGUGCCAAGAAAUGGUCAGAGGAAAUAGAAAAUCUGUACAGAUUUCAACAAGCAGGAUAUCGGGAUGAAAUUGAAUAUAAACAAGUGAAACAAGUUGCCAUGGUUGACCGUUGGCCAGAGACAGGAUACGUGAAGAAACUUCAGCGGAGGGACAAUACUUUCUACUACUACAACAAACAGAGGGAGUGCGAGGACAAGGAGGUCCACAAAGUGAAGAUUUACGCAUACUGACCUUUUCGUUUCUUCGGCUUGGCAAAGCUACUUUAAGAAUUGGUUGUUUACAUUCUUCCAUCAUGUAAAUGUCAUUUUAAAAAACAA